AAACGAAAAUUACAAAUAAAGUAAAUUAAAAUUUAAAAAACCAAGAACAAAAGCACUAUCCACAUACAAAUAAAGACAAUGCCGCGAUAUCGAGAAUGGGACCUGGCCUGCAAGGUGUACGUUGGCAAUUUGGGCUCCUCGGCCUCCAAAUAUGAGAUUGAGAAUGCGUUUAGCAAAUACGGACCCCUGCGGAACGUGUGGGUCGCCCGCAAUCCGCCCGGUUUCGCCUUUGUGGAGUUCGAGGAUCGUCGCGAUGCGGAGGAUGCGACCCGUGGACUCGACGGCACCCGCUGCUGUGGCACACGCAUUCGCGUCGAGAUGUCCUCGGGCCGUUCGCGGGAGGGACGUGGCGGCGGCGGAGGCGGUGGGGGCGGCGGCGGUGGUGGCGGCGGCGGUGGCGGCCGUCGUGGUGGACGCAGUGGCAGCGGUGGCGGAGGCGGCGGCGCUGCUGCCCGCGCUGGCGAUGCAGGCGGACGUUAUAGGAUAAAGCCUACUUCUACUACAAGCACAACAACAACAACAACAACUACAACAACAACAAGAACAACAACAGCUACUACUACUACUACUAGAACUUCUACUACUCCUCCUCUUCCUUCAACAAAUCACGCUCUCCAAGACGCUCAAGGACCCGCAGUCGCAGUUUCUCACGGGAUCGUCGCAGCCGCUCGGACUCGAGGGAUCGCCACUAAGUGAAGGUGAAGGACGAAGAAGGAGACGGGACAACCACCAUCCAAGACAGCUCUUCACAACACCUCUACCGCAAUACACACACACUCACACACACACACACACACACACACACACAUAUAUAUACAUAUUUAAUAGAUGUGUUAUUGUGUAAAUCAACAGCAUAUACAAUUUUCCUAUUACAGCCA